AUAAACCGUGUGGAAAUGCGUGCUUUUUAAGGCAUUUUAUAGGUUCAUUGAUAAACUCAAAUAAGUGGUUCAUUGAUAAAAAAAGAACGACAAUUUCUUUAUUGAUAUAGCUAUCUCACCACACGGAAAUUUCACCACUAUAGUAUGUACAGCUGUGACCGAAUUAUCGUAGAAAACACGUAGUUUACAGUUGGGUUAUUGUGUGUUUAUUCGUUGAGUUGUUUACAUAUAUACUCAACGGAGGAGAAAAAUGUGAUUCUGACUGACUGACAUUAUUUCUGUGCAUGUUGCACGAAUGCAUUUUAUUUAUUAACUUCAGGAUAAAAAAGUUUACGGACGUAGAUAGCAAAGGGUAGCUAACCUGUAAUCGUGUAGAUGUGUUUUACUGUAAAAUAGGUCGUGGAAAAGUUCUAUUAUACAUGUUCUGUUUUGCAUAAAUUGCAAGCGUGCAGCAAAAAUACGGUCUAGGGACGCAAGAACUUUAUAUUAUAGAAGUGACCGAAAUAAUUAUUUGUUAUUGCGUUCUCUGACGUUACUAGUGGCUAAUAUAUUUUAAAGAAUUAUUUGUGAUGGGAUAAACAGACAGAGGGAAGAUUAAGUGAGGAGGUGAAAGUAAAAUAAUUUACUAUGGCAGGGUUAGAGAGGAAGCGAUUAAAGGAAGAUAAGGAAAGAGCGUUGAACUGGAAACGUUGGGGACCAUACCUAUCAGAACGCCAGUGGGGUACUGUCCGGGAGGAUUACUCGGAAAAUGGGGACUGCUGGAAUCAUUUUACGCACGAUAUGGCAAGAUCACGUGCGUAUCGAUGGGGUGAGGACGGUUUGAUGGGUUUGACCGACAGACAGUGCCGGUUGUGUUUGGCGCUCUCGCUAUGGAACACUAAAGAUCCAAUCCUGAAAGAGCGUCUCUAUGGCCUAAAUGGACAUCAGGGAAACCAUGGAGAAGACGUGAAAGAGUUGUAUUACUAUCUCGACAAUACGCCAACCCAUUCCUACAUGAAGGCAUUAUACAAAUACCCGCAGAAAGAAUUUCCAUACGCUAAAAUCGAAAGGGAAAACGCCAUUCGGACUGUUCACGAUCCAGAAUAUGAAUUGCUAGAUACAGGUGUGUUUGAUGAAAGCCGCUACUUUGAUGUUUACGCCGAGUAUUGUAAAGGAACUCCCAAUGAUAUCCUUGGACGUUAUACAAUAAUCAACAGAGGCCCGGAAAGGGCUACGGUACAUGUUCUCCCGACAUUGUGGUACAGAAAUAGCUGGGACUGGGGAGAUGACUGUGAUAACUCUGUGGAUUUUAAGCCAAUGGUACAACACCUAAGUUCAGAGGCCCCAGGCAUGGUGAGAUGCGAACAUCCGACUUUAGGUGAAUCCCAGCAGAGGGCUAGGUUAAAUAGCAUGGAUAGGUAUGUAGAAGAAUUAGAGCCAUCUCAUAGGGGUGUAGAUAACUUCUUCAACCUCUCACAUCCAGUGAACGGUCAUGACGAGGGUAUUUUUAGAAUGGAAUUUGGACGCCAUCCCAAUGGAAAGGAAGUGCCUUUAUUGUUCACCGAGAACGAGACUAACUACAAGAGGCUAUAUGGGGUUAAAAAUACAUCAAAAUAUCAAAAAGAUGCGUUCCAUGACUAUGUUGUAAAAGGUAUGAAAGAAAAAGUAAAUCCAAAGAACUUUGGGACGAAAUGUGCCGGCCAUUAUGUCCUUGACCUUGCACCAGGAGAGGAAGCAGUUAUCAAAGUGAGGCUGUAUCAAAGCGCUGAAGCACCGCCAGCGAAACAAACAUUCGCACCAAACUGGUUUGAUCGUGUCUUCGAACAGAGGAUUUUAGAGGCAGACCUGUUCUAUGACGAGGUAAUACCAUGCCGAGGUAAACAAGAAAGAUUGAUAGCUAGACAGGCCUUUGCUGGCUUACUUUGGACUAAACAGUUCUAUAACUACAUUCAGAAAGAAUGGCUUAAUGGAGACGAGACACAGCCGCCACCGCCGGAAACGAGAAAGAAAUGGGGACGUAACAGGGACUGGAAACAUCUUUUUAACAGGGAUAUACUUUCUGUGCCGGAUAAAUGGGAAUAUCCUUGGUAUGCAUCCUGGGACCUUGCGUUCCAUAUGAUUCCAAUGUCAUCGAUUGACAUUCAGUUUGCCAAGUCACAGCUGGUGCUCCUGCUCAGAGAAUGGUACAUGCAUCCAAACGGACAGAUUCCAGCUUACGAAUUUUCAUUUGACGACGUAAAUCCACCAGUACAUGCGUACGCAGUUCUCAAAGUGUUCAAAGCUUCCGGGUUAAAGGGCACGCGAGAUGUGCAGUUCCUUUCUCGGUGUUUCCACAAGCUCGUCCUUAACUUUACAUGGUGGAUAAACCGGAAAGAUGUUGAAGGCAAGAAUAUAUUUUCUGGAGGUUUUCUUGGUUUAGAUAACAUUGGAGUGUUUGACAGGUCAAAGCCGUUACCGACAGGAGGGUUUUUGGCUCAGGCAGACGCAACGGCAUGGAUGGGAUUUUUCUGCUCUAUCAUGUUGGAAAUCAGUCUGAUCCUGGCUCAGAGGGAACCUAUCUAUCAAGACAUGGCUAGCAAAUUCUUCGAACACUUUGUGGCUAUUACAGAUGCCAUGAAUAAUGUGGAUGAAGUUGGUCUCUGGGACAAUGACGACGGGUUUUAUUACGACCACGUGCGAAACAAUCACUGCAGUCAACCUGUAAAAAUCAAAUCUAUGGUCGGCCUGGUUCCACUGUUCUGUACCUUGGUCCUCAAAGAUUCCGAUUUUGUCAGACACCCCGGAUUCGCCAAGAGGACGAAAUGGUUUCUUGACAAUAGAAAAGAUUUGAAGAAACAGAUCUCGCUGAUGAGCCGUGGUACUCACCAAGAGGGGUCACUGUUGCUGUCAGUGUUGAACAAGGAAAAACUUAUACGUAUUCUGACGCAUAUGUUAGAUGAGAAACAAUUUCUGUCUCCAUAUGGUAUAAGAUCUCUUUCAAAGGAGCAUGAGGAACACCCCUAUUAUCUUCAUAUUGGUGAUUGUAAAUAUAGUGUACAGUACGAACCGGGGGAGUCUAGAACAAAACUGUUUGGUGGCAACAGUAAUUGGAGAGGUCCCAUAUGGCUACCAAUGAAUUACCUCAUAAUUGAAAACCUGCAUAGAUUUGAUUAUUUUUAUGGCGAGGACCUGAAGGUUGAAUGCCCUACUGGGUCUGGAAACUACAUGAGAUUGAAGGCUGUCGCUAGAGACCUUGAAUGUCGUUUAAUAAACUUGUUCAGGCCAGAUGCAGAUGGAAAUCGCCCUUGUCAUGGUGGUUCCGACUUGUACGCAAAGGACCCACAUUUCAAGAACUUGUGUUUAUUCUAUGAAUAUUUUGAUGGGGACAACGGAAGGGGAUGUGGUGCUAGUCACCAAACUGGUUGGACAGCACUCAUUACUAAGUUACUUGAGAAAGUUAAAAAGGACGAUGAUGAGAGUGCGGACAGUCUGGAUAGUUGGGAGAGUUAAGAACGUUGGACCACAGGGAGAGUCCUUAAUGGACUUUCUCGUGCCUGAACGUGCUUGAACAUUGUCAGAGCAAUGUGCCUGGUACAUAACUGAUAAACAGUCAGUAUAAACAAUCAUGGAGCGUUGAUAAACGUGGGCUUAUUAAGGAGUCAAGUGAUGUAUCACAACUUUCUUGUAAAAUGUGUUAAGAAUCUUCUAACCAAGUGUUGGAAAAGAGGAAGCCUGGCAAUUUAGUCACCGUGUCAAAUAAUGUAGACUGAAACUAGUUAUUAUAGAAACAAAACUACUUCGAAAUUCCUUGGUACAAAUUUAUAUAGUUAGUACAAAAGUUCCUGUAAAAACAGACUGGUCCUUAUACUAUUACUCUUAGUUUUGGAUUUAAAGCAUUAAAAAUAAACUACAUUUUGUAAAAAUGAUCGUUCGCUUCAUUGGUUGCAGAAUAACAAGCUCUACUUUCGGAGAUAUUCGGCUUUUGUGGUUGUGUUUUCUGUUAAAAUUUUACCGUAACUUUAUUAUUAUUCAAGUCUCGCGAUGCUUUCAUUUUUUUUUCUGUUCUUGUUUAUUUGUUGAUAUUUUACUUCUGUCAUAUUAAAUAAUUGUUUUGUAUCAUAUUCUUUCAUUCCUUUAUGAAAGAAUAGUAACUAGCUAACUUGUCUUCAAGUAUCAAAGGGUAAGAACCCACUGUCCAUUAUUCUAUUUUUCCGAAUCACUGUCAACAAUUCUAACACCAGUAAACAGAUCUAGUCAGCAAACUAUUUUAUAUAUAAAUGUACAUGUAGUUUUUGUCAGUAAUUUUUCUAGGAAGAACAAAUACCUCAAAAAUUUAACAUUAAAGUGCCUUUUUUAUAUCAUUAAUUUGAAACUCUCUAUGAAUGAUAGUGCACGAGUUCUGUCACAGGUUCUCUGUGCAAGUUGACGCUCAAACCAUCAUUUACAAAGUGUGUUCGGUUUUGUUCGUAACUUCUUUACAAUUAAGUAUUGAAAUUGUGCCAUAAAUAUUACUAUAUUUGAGAUAUUGAAAGUUUGACUAAACAUACAGGCCGUAUGAUCCCGGUGCAAAAAUUUAAAGAAAUGUGAUUAUAAGAGUUCUUCUUUUACUUUUGAUGUAUAUUUACUAAUUCAAAAUCAUUUAGGGGAAAAAUUAGAAAUUUAACAUAUCCGAAACUGAUUCUUGUAUCCCUGGAAAAUCAACAAGCAACUAAGUAUUAUUAAUCGCGAAAAUUAACCAUUUGUUACUACUCUAAUUGGAAGUUAAAACUUGUUGCACUCUUCAUUCUGUUAUAUUUCUUAAUGACUCAAAAAACAACUUUCAUCCGAAUUCAUCACAUGUUAGCUUGCUUGUUGGUUUCAUUGUUAUGGGUGUUUUUGUUUUUACUGUUGUAGAUUUGAUAUACUUUGUAUUUAGAUUAUGAAUGAUGUUUAAAAAUUCUGGUGAGAAAUAUGUGUAACGUUUAAACCGCUUGGUUUAUAUUGUAUUGUUAAGCAGUUUUUAUUGUUUUUUUAGCCCACCAUCAUCAGAUGGUGGGCUAUUCAAAUCACUCUGCGUCCGUGGUCCGACGUCCUUCCGUCCGUCCGUCCGUCCGUCCGUCCGUUAACAAUUUCUCGUUAUCGCAUCUCCUCAGAAACUAUCAGGGGGAUUUUGACCAAACUUUGUCAGAAUGAUGUAUUGGUACUCUAGUUGUGUCCCCCUGAAAAUCAGACUGGUUCAGCAAUUUUUUAAUGAGUUAUGGCCCUUUGUUUAUUUCUAUAAUUUACAUAGAUUUAUAUAGGGAAAAAAUUUGAAAAUCUUGUCCAGAACCACAGAGCCUAGGGCUUUGAUAUUUGGUAUGAAGCAUCAUCUAGUGGUCCUCUACCAAGGUGAUUCAAAUUAUUUCCCUGGGGUCUAAUAUGGCCCCGCCCCGGGGGUCACAUGGUUUGUAUAGACUUAUAUAGGGAAAAACUUUGAAAAAUCUCUUGUUGAAAACCAUAGGGCCUUGGGCUUUGAUAUUUUGUAUGUGACAUCAUCUAGUGGUCUUCUACUAAGAUUUUUAAAAUUAUCCCCCUAGAGUCAAAUAUGGCCCCGCCCCGGGGGUCACAUGGUUUACAUAGAUUUAUAUAGGGAAAAGCUUUGAAUAUCUUCUUGCCCAAACCACAAAACCUAGGGCUUUGAUAUUUGUUAUGUAGCAUCAUCUAGUGGUUCUCUACCAAGUUUGUUCAAAUUAUCCCCCUAGGGUCAAAUAUGGCCCCGCCCUUGGGGUCACAUGGUUCAUAUAGACUUAUAUAGGGAAAAGCUUUUAAAAUCUUCUUGUCAGUAACCUACAACAUUCAAAUUUGGACCACAUGUAUGGUUUUGAGUGGCAAGAUGAACCUUGACAUGAGUUGACCUUGGUAUUGACCUAGUGACCUACUUUCACAUUUCUGUAGCUACAGCCUUCAAAUUUGAACCACAUGCAUAGUUUUAAACACUGAAAAAAACUUUGACCUUGACAUUGACCUAGUGACCUACUUUCACAUGUUUGAAGGUACAGGCUUCAAAUUUGGACCACAUGCAUAGUUCUGUGUUCCGAAAAAUAUUUGACCUUGAUUUUGACCUAGUGACCUACUUUCACAUUUCUUGAGCUACAGCCUUCAAAUUUGGACCACUUGCAUAGUUUUGUGUACCAAACAAACUUUGACCUUUACAUUGACCUAGUGACCUACUUUCACAUUUUUGAAGGUACAGGCUUCAAAUUUGGACCACAUGCAUAGUUUCUGUGUUCUGAAAUAAAAUUUGACCUUGAUUUUAACCUAGUGACCUACUUUCACAUUUCUCAAGCUACAGCCUUCAAAUUUGGACCACUUGCAUAGUUUUGUGUACCGAAAUGAACUUUGACGUUAAGAAUGACCUAGUGACCUACUUUCACAUUUCUGUAGCUACAGGCUUCAAAUUUAGACCACAUGCAUAGGAUUGUGUACCGAAACAAACUUUGACAUUGACCUAGUGACCUACUUUCACAUUUCUCAAGCUACAGCCUUCAAAUUUGGACCACUUACAUAGUUUUUUGUACCAAAAUAAACUGUGACAUUAAGAUUGACCUAGUGACCUACUUUCAAAUUUCUCAAACUACAGCCUUCAAACUUGAUGCACAUGCAUAGUUUUGUGUACAAAGAACUUUGUCCUUGAAAUUGAUCUAGUGACCUACUUUCACAUUUCUCAAGCUACAGCUUUUGAAUUUGGACCACAUGCACAAUGUUGUGUACGGAAAUGAAAUUUGACCUUGAGCUAGUCAGUAAGUGUUGAAAUUUGGAACACUCAAAAAUGGCACAUUGGUGGGCGCCAAGAUCACUCUGUGAUCUCUUGUUUUAGAAAAGAAUGAUUCUUAAUAUAUUUUUGUCGUUUCACUGUAUGCUAAACGCUAAAGUCGUUUCAUUGUAUGUUAAACGCUUAAGUCGUUUCACUGUAUGUUAAACACUAAAUUUGAUUCAAAUGCAUAAUAGGGGGCAGUGGAUAUUAUAUUUGAAAAUUUCCCAAAACUUCUCUGAUACCAGAACGAGAAAAAUCCAUAAAAACGCAAUUCUGAGUAUUGGAAUUACACGUAUGGCAUUUUCAGCCUACCAUUUUAAUCUUUUAUGAGAAAAGCGAGUGAAAUAUUGCUUUCAAGGACACUAAGUUUUGAAGCAGAAAUGGCCCAGAUUACAAACCUAGUCAGAGCUGUUUCGUAUUAUCUGCAAAUGAUUGACCUAAAACGUUGGCCUGUUCUAAUAGCACGAGACCAGGCAUAAAUAAAAGUUGUAAGAAAAGUGUGUCAUUUCGCAAAUUUGAGUUGCAUCUGUCGAUACCGCAGCUAAAUCGUUUUUAAUCUAGACCGUCUCUAAGAAGCUAGGAAAAUGGAUUCAAGCGUUUAUUUGUUUUACACUGCAGUUAUUUAUUCAUGUGCAUCCUAUGUUUUAUAAGCAGAAUAUAAAUGCCUUAAAAUACAUCUACUCCUUUUAUUCAGCAUAAUUAACGUACCGAUGCCACCAUACGAAACUGGGCCCUAUCACGUUGCAGGCAUGUAUGCUUACUGUACUGGCUUUGUUUUAUUUGCAGCUUAUACUUUCAUUAAUGUGUCUGGUAAAUUACACGUAUGUUUAUUAUUUUGUACUUUUUACCCAUAACUGUAUAUAUGACCAAUAUCAAAUACGUUCUGCACAGUUGUUAAGCUUUUAAAAGUUUUAGCUCACUUGUGCACAAGGAGCUUAUGGUAACUUUUUAGGACCAUUGGUUGUUCGUCGUGUCCCUCCAUCGUUCACAAUAUCUUUGAUUUUUUUUCAUUGCAGAGUUGGUGCAGCCGUUUCUGCGCAUGCGCGGAAUUAUUAUCAAUUGGAGAGCACGCAAAAUUAUUCAUUGCUUUGCAUGUCCGCACGCAUUUAGUGUAUAGUAUGCAUAAUAUACUGACUAAAGGUUAGGGUUAGUAUCUCCAUGGUUACAAAGUAUAUAUAUUUAAGAUAUUUUCGUUCAAAUUUAGUUAACCCGGUAUAUACCGGAGUCUGUAAUAUAUCACAGGCGCACCAACUCUGCAUUUAGUCACAGCCAGUAUCUUUAAAGAACAUCUCCUUAACCGCCUACUAGUAGUAAGUUGCAUCCAAACUUCUAAGAAAUAUUCCCUUUUGGUCCCAAUUCAGAGUCUUCAGGUCACACAUAUGGAAUUCUGUUUCCAUGGCAACAAAAAAACCCCGUCAACAAUCUUUUCUUUUGAAACCACUGGUCAGACUUCAAAAUGAUUUGAAAGCAGUGUCAGGCUUGAAUGAUCUUCUACCAAACUUCUUCAAUUCAUUCUAAUGAAUUAAGAAACAUGGCUGUCAAGGGACGUGGCUAGUCUUCUGUGCAUGGGUAUAAUUAUGGAAAUCCUUUUUCUCUGAAACUUCUGGCCCGUAUUCAAAAUGACUUCACACAGAUAUUCAUUUGGGUGAACCUCUGCCGAAUUUCUUCAAGCUCCCGUCACAUUAUCCCCAACGUUAUAUCUACCUCCACAAUUUUGUCUUGUGUUUCUUGAUAUUGUCUUUUAGUAUCACGUAUUUCCCUUCGACGACAUUACCUCCCACUCUGCACGUUACCCUUUCCCCGAGAUAUAACUUCUAGUUUAUUGAGUUUCUUGAUAUUUUUUCCUCGUAUCAUGUUAUUAUCGUCGCUACAUUUUCUUAGCCCCAACAUCCUCCCCAUCUCCCCUUUACCUUCCCACCAGGUUUUUACUAAUUAAUCCAUGUCAUCAUUCCACACCUCUCCAACCCCUCCCGCACAUAUUACCCACUCAACCCGCCCGCUUAGCUCAAUAGGGAGAACGCAGAUCUACAGAUUACGGAGUCGCGAGUUCGAUUUCCGGGCAGGCGGUAUGUUCUCCGUGAUGAUUUCAUAAAAGACAUUGUGUCUGACAUCAUUCGUCCUCAACCUCGAGAACAGGUUUGUACAGGUGCAGAAUCCAGGAACACUGGUCAGGCUACCAUCGUUACAUAACUGAAAUACUUUAAAAAAACGGCGUUAAACCUAAAACAAACAAACAAACAAACAAACAAACAAACAUUACCCACUCGCAUUUAACUGGUAGAAACUUUAAAACUCUCCUAUCAGAAAACACAGGUAAUUGAACAGAUGUUUUCCUUGCGUGGCCCCAAAUUAAAACUGUUCAAGCAAGGUGUGAAACUCAGGUUAGCGAUUUUAGAGCCAUGACGGCCCUAUUGUUUAAAACUGAUACAUCAGUUUCAUACGCUAAAAAAUCUAAUUUUAAAAUGAUAACUGUUUGAUUUACUUUGGUUUAGAUAGGCGUUACCUUAAAAAAAACGAUAUACAUGUAUCAUGCAGUUUGGUCCUUGUCCCUGUGAUCUACCUUUUUAGCAUUUUAUUCUUGAUUGUGAUAAAGUGUUGGAUACAUGUUUCAGUAUUAUCAAAGAUAUUGUAGCAUUUUCUUUAAAAAUGAGCCAUUAUCCAUGCUAUAACGAUUGUUGGAAACAAGAAUUUAGUCUUAGUAAGAUUUGAUAUGUAUGCCAAAGGCAGUAAAAUAGUAUUCAGGUAGAACUGGUAAUCUUUCAUAGAUGUGUAAGUCUGUUAAAAUUAUUAUAUAAUAAUAAAUAGGUUUACAUUUUUUGUUAAAAUCUGAAAUUGUGUGAUUGUAAUUGUUUGAAAUUUUGCUAUAGACAUGUAAAAUUAUUUUUAUGAUACAGUUCUAUUAUAAUUUGCCAUUUAAAGAACUUUGUGUUAUGAAAUAGCUUUUAUCUUUUAAAUGUAAGUAUGCCGGCUUGAUCAAAAGCUUUGAAUAUCCACUGUUUAGAUGUUAAAUUGUUAAAAUUGAUUUCAUUGCGGCUGCCAUUAUGUAAACAGGGACAAGUUGUUAUUAAAGUUUCUCUAUUACAGACUUGAAAAA